UCCGGGAGCAGCGAACGGCCGCGGAGACGACAGCUACUGCUUACGAGAAGAGUACUUCGGAGGAGGAAGAGGAAUUAGGGCAGGCGGGACGCGCAGACGGGACCCUCACCAUGGGUCCUCAGGCCUAGGGCGGCGGAAGCUACCGGCCUGGUGCCAAGCUGGCUGCUACUACGUUUGGAAGCCUCCAUGGCUGAAGACUGGCUGGACUGCCCAGCCCUGGGCCCUGGCUGGAAACGUCGUGAGGUCUAUCGCAAGUCAGGGGUCACCUGUGGACGUUCAGACACCUAUUACCAGAGCCCCACAGGAGACAGGAUCCGAAGCAAAGUUGAGCUGACUCGAUACCUGGGCCCUGCAUGUGACCUCACCCUCUUCGACUUCAAACAAGGCAUCUUGUGCUAUCCAACUCCCAAGGUCCAAUCUGUGGCUGUYCCCAGCAAAAAGCGGAAAAAGCCUGCAAGAUCGGCCAAAACUCGGAAACGUCAGGUUGCACCCCAGAGGACUGAGGUCAGGAAGGAGARAAAGGAGAGGAAAGAGACCCAAGAGGAUGAGACCAAGGGUGAUACUGACACAAUCCCAGCUUCAUUCCCUGCACCUGGGUGCUGUGAGAACUGUGGAAUCAGCUUCUCAGGGGAUGGUUCUGGAAGGCAGCGGCUCAAGACAUUGUGCAAAGACUGCCGAGCACAGAGAAUUGCCUUCAACCGCGAGCAGAGAAUGUUUAAGCGUGUGGGCUGUGGAGACUGUACAGCCUGUCGGGUAACUGAAGACUGUGGGGCCUGCUCCACCUGCCUCCUGCAGCUACCCCAUGAUGUGGCCUCAGGGCUGUUCUGCAAGUGUGAGAGGAGACGCUGCCUCCGGAUUGUGCAGAGGAGCCGAGGGUGUGGAGUGUGCCGGGGCUGUCAGACCCAAGAGGACUGUGGCCAUUGCCGAGUCUGCCUUCGCCCUCCCCGCCCUGGUCUCAGGCGCCAGUGGAGGUGUGUGCAGCGGCGCUGCCUUCGGGGUAAACGUAGAUGCCACAGGGGAGGCCGUGACUCCAAGAUGGCUGCCCGACGACACUCUMGAGCUCAGCCAGUGCCUAUUCUUCCCACACUGCAGCCUCCAGAACCCCCAGAGCCCAUGGAGCUGCACAACAACUCCCCGGUGCCCUCAUCUCCUGCUGAGUUCAUCUAUUACUGUGUAGACGAGGACGAGCUACAGCCCUACACGAACCGCCGGCAGAACCGCAAGUGCGGGGCCUGUGCAGCCUGCCUACGGCGGAUGGACUGUGGCCGCUGCGACUUCUGCUGCGACAAGCCCAAAUUCGGGGGCAGCAACCAGAAGCGCCAGAAGUGUCGUUGGCGCCAAUGCCUGCAGUUUGCCAUGAAGCGGCUGCUGCCCAGUAUUGGGUCAGAGUCCGAGGAGGGGGCAGGAUCACCUCUACUUCACCCUCGUCGAAAGAGACCAGGUUCUGUUCAACGGCCCCACCUGGCCCCCACCCUGAAGCCCCCUUUGGCUACUCGCACAGCCCGACCAGGCCGUGCUCAGCCUCCAAUGAAACAGGAAGCAGGUGCUAGCUUUGUACUACCCCCUCCUGGCACUGACCUUGUGUUUUUACGGGAGGGUGCCAGCAGUCCUGUGCAGGUGCCUGGCCCUGCUACAGCUUCCACAGAAGCCCCAUUGCAGGAAGCCCAGUGCUCUGGCCUGAGUUGGGUUGUGGCCUUACCUCAGGUAAAGCAAGAGAAAGCAGAUACCCAGGAAGAGUGGACAUCGGAUAUAGCUGUCCUGACUUCUCCCACAUUGCAACCUGGCUGCCCUAGCAAGGCAAUAGACCUGUGCCUGCCACCUGUGAAGCAAGAGCCACCUGACCCUGAGGAGGGAAAGGAGGAGAACAAGGAUGGCUGUGUCUCCGAAUCGGCCCCAGAGGAGGAGGUGGCAGGAGGGCCYGGCACGCCCGUGAUCACGGAGAUUUUCAGCCUGGGUGGAACCCGCUUCCGGGACACAGCAGUCUGGUUGCCAAGUCUGCAGGGCAGGCAGUCGGGAAGGGAAGAUGGAUGUAAAGUGUGGGAGACGGAGGACACAUUGGAGCCUAUGAGCACAAGCUGGGACCCACACGGAUUGCCUGGAACCUAUGUCAGUCUCUCAUCACCUCCUGCUUCAGUGAUGUGGGUGUCCUGCAGAAGAAGUUGGUGCCCUUCCUCACAGAGUUAAAUGUGCACCUGGCUCAGGAUUAGAGAAGCUGAAGGAAGAUCUCAGGGAAGGUGUAGCAGCUGCAGACCUGGCUGCAAGCCUCAGGGCUGCCCCACACCAAGGAGGUGAGCCUGCAGAUAAUUGACAGCAUGUGUGAACAGCAACAGCACUUUGGUGCCCCUACACCAGCCUUCCAGCUGUAAACUAUGUUACUGCUUCACUUCUGCCCUCCAGUUAUCAGCCAGAAUGCCUCAUGUGGCCAUCCUAACCAGAAGCGUAUGGGGAAGGGAGUUCUGGGAAGCAGCCAAGAUGAUGCGUUGCAAAGCUAACCUGCUGUGAAUCAGCUCCCAAGGGUCUCACUACUCAACUGAGGAUAACUUGAUAAAACUACAUUGCUGAAAACACAAAACUCAAGACAAAUUCUAUCAAGCCAGAACAAACUUGCUGGUCUUCAGCUAUUUUUGUCAUUCAUUCAGGUAUUAAGAACCUGGCCCAAAGUAGGCACUGUAUUUAAUACUGGGAUACAGAAAUGAGAAAAGAUAUGGUCCAUGCAGUUUUAUUAAAUGCAUCAAUAUAUAUUGCAAGUGGUGAAUGGAUUUCCAAAUUUAUCAUGGAAUUUAAUGCUGAAAAUGUAAAAUUUAAGAAACUAAGGGGAGGCCAACCUUUGGGUGAAGAUUGUUGGGCACCGUAGAAAUUGGAAACAAUUAAGUAACUGUUCUCUAACUGUUCUAUUUUUGAAUUAUUUUUAAGGAGAUUUUUAUUGUCCUCCUUAUAGAUUUAUAUGCUUAGUGUUUCUUUGGGGAGUGACUUGAUGGUGAUAGCAGUGAUUGCCUCAAAGAAACUGGGAUAGUGGAUGGCAGGAUCAAAGUCAGUUCUAUCCAAGGACCCCCAAGAUGCAUCAUUUUCUAGGCCUCACAGGGUGGUUGGUGGCUAAAGGCUGAGGCGCUUUUGCUGCUGAUACUCACAUGGGCCCAGCCCUCCAAUCUCCUCAGGGCGAGGGAGCCUGCCAGCAGUCAGUCCCGCCUUAGGGUGAGACUUACCACAAAUGCCUCCCCCUGGACAGGGCCUGGAGGGAAGCAACUACCCCUUUCRAAGAGGUAAAGGACUAAAAUCGAACUGGAGUUAAAUAACCAGGCUCAUCAGGGUGAGGGUGCUGCACGAUCAACUCAGGAACCAGCGCUGAGACAUCUGAGGGCAGCCGCCUGUCAGCAUCAAUUGGCUUCCCUGUCUGUCGCCUCCAAGAACUCAUCGGGMCCCUCUGGGCUGCACAACCUCGAGGGCACCCAACUGGCAGCCCAAUCUCAGUGGCCUUUCCCAAACCCCGAGAGGAUGGAGGGCACAGCAUUUUCAUUGCCUCACUUCUCUGAGGGUAUAUGGGCUGGGGAGGUUCCCCUCAGACCCACCCCUAYAGGCCAGUCAGUGCCUGGGAGACUUAAAGAUCAAGGAUCCGCCCCCCAGGACGUCUUCCAGUGAAUCCAGUAGACUUCCUAAUUUCUUUCUUUUUUGUUUG